UGGACCCAUCCAACUCCCCGCCUGAGUCCGGUCAGGACUCAUCCCCGAGCGUUGGCCCGGCGGUAGGCGAGGGGGACAAGGGGCAGGUUUCCUCCGAUGAGAUGUCGGCUGUUCGCUGCCGGUUGGAAACCAGAGAGCUCUGGGAGAAAUUUCACGAUCUUGGCACUGAGAUGAUUAUUACCAAAACCGGCAGACGGAUGUUUCCCACCGUACGCGUGUCCUUCAGUGGAGUAUCAGCAGAAGCUCGCUACGUUGUUAUGUUGGACAUCGUUCCCCUGGAUAAUAAACGCUACAGGUAUGCGUAUCACAGGUCCUCUUGGCUGGUAGCCGGCAAGGCUGACCCUCCAUUACCCGCACUGCUUUACGUUCAUCCUGACUCGCCCUUCACUGGUGACCAACUGCAGAGACAAAUGGUGUCCUUUGAGAAGGUUAAAUUGACCAACAACGAGCAGGAUCAGCAUGGACACAUCAUUCUCAACUCGAUGCACAGAUACCAGCCGCGCGUGCACAUCGCCAGGAGAACGGACGCGCAUGCGGGGGCAACAGCGCCCUCAUUGACCUCACUGAACAGCAGUGAGCUGAGAAGUUUUGAGUUUCCUGAGACGGCCUUCACUGCAGUCACCGCCUACCAGAACCAGUUGAUAACCCGGCUCAAGAUUGACAGCAACCCGUUCGCCAAGGGCUUUCGUGAUUCCUCAAGACUGUCCGAUUUUGAAAGCAGAGAGCGAGUAGAAACUCUGAUACAGGAACACACCUACGCACGUUCACCAAUCAGGCCACACGAGGGCGGUAUACUCAAUGGAAUGGGUAAUGGCUGGAGAUUUGACUCGUCGUGUGGUGGCGCUGUGAUGCCUCCCACUUUUCAGGAAUUCCCUGGCGCAAGAAAAGGCUUUUCAUUUGGAGAACAGUUCCCCUUAGCAGAGGAGUUUUCAAGGAGAGCCAACACAUGGAGUGGAGUCCUUCUACCUCCCAUCACACCCACGGCCCUCUCUUUGGACCCCAUGUAUCCAAUGGUAUCGUCUUCGAUGCAGGAUAAAUCCAGCAUAGAUUUACGGUCCAUGAGAGGUUCCAUUCAAGACGAGGGGUGGUUCCCAGUGUCCCACGCUUUUCGAGAGUCUCAUCGGUACCACAAACAUCUGGCGCAAGGCCCCUAUGCCUCCAUUAAAACGACUAGAAGUGCGUCUACGUUACUUGCUCCGCCCUCUCUUGUCCGAUGAUUGCCAUGUAUGAGGCUGUGGGCGAACUGAAGAGGGCGCUACUCAGACUGCAAAAUACUACUACAACUGCUCUAGGCACUCUCAACUAGCUUGCAUCGCCCGUUAAACUAAUAAAAUUCAUUGCAGUGCAAACCACGAGCGAUGCACUACACCACAACGGUGUUUAGCAUUUUCACCGCUGAGGGCGUACUUGCGCACCGUUACCCGGUGAAUUUUCAUGUUCACCAAUUCUGACCAUUUAUAAUCGUUCAGUAUUAGAACUGUUGUGUAGGCGAAAAAUGUAAUGUGUGGUUUAUGGCACAGCUUGCCUAACAAGUGAAAUAACUUGUUCUGUUUCAAUCUCAGUUAUGAGCAGAAAAAAAGGCACAGUUUUAGUUGAGUUUUUUCUUCUUGCAAAAGGAAUGUUAGUUUCGCUUCCAUUUGUAUUGUUCCGUCACACCGGGGACGUUGAAGACAUGAAAGGAGAGUAAGCGGUAUAUUCCACGCUCUCACUUUUUUCCAACCAAUGAUGACACGAUGCAGACUAAGCUAUGACAACAUGCAGAAACACCCGCAGAGCAAAUAUUUUAUUGACUCACGCGCAAGAUACAAACAUUCGAACAAAUAUCUUGA